CCUAGUCAAAGAACCACAUUUCCCAGAUGGAACCAGAGAAAUCUUCUGAAGAAGGGUCUGGAAAGCAGAAGUCAGUCGAGGAUUAUCGAAACAGUUGUUUUAAUGUUGAAAACACAUCAUUUUGAAGACUGCCGAGCAUCGCAGUGAAUCCCUGACCAGCUGACCGCCGCUGACCCUGUCCACAACCAUGGUGAUCCUGUUUGCAGUGGUUGCCCGCGGCAGCACCAUCCUGGCAAAGCAUGCAUGGUGUGGCGGUAAUUUCCUGGAGGUGACAGAACAGAUCCUGGCUAAGAUACCAUCCGAGAACAACAAGCUCACCUACAGCCAUGGCAGCUAUCUCUUCCACUACAUCUGCCAUGACAGAAUCAUAUACCUCUGUAUCACCGAUGAUGACUUUGAGCGGUCGCGUGCGUUCAGCUUCCUGGGAGAGGUGAAGAAGCGUUUCCAGACGACGUAUGGUUCCAGAGCUCAGACAGCCCUGCCCUACGCUAUGAACUCAGAGUUCUCCUCCACUCUGAUGGCCCAGAUGAAGCACCAUUCCUCUCCUCCAUCAGAUCGUCUGACUGAGACUCAGAUGCAGGUUGAUGACCUGAAAGGCAUCAUGGUGCGCAACAUCGACUUGGUGGCUCAGAGGGGAGAAAAGCUGGAGUUGCUGAUUGAUAAAACAGAGAACCUGGUCGGCUCAUCUGUGAGUUUUAAGACCACCAGUCGUAACCUGGCCAGAGCUAUGUGCAUGAAGAACCUCAAACUGACUGUCAUCGUAGUGGUGGUGUCACUGGUGGUCCUGUAUGUAGUUGUGUCUGCAGCCUGCGGAGGACUCAGCUGGCCCAACUGCAUCAGGAAAUGAGAGAGGGAGAGGAGGAGAUGAGAGAGGGAGAAGAGCAAGAGAAGAGAAGACAGCGGACCCACAGGGAAAGAAAUCACUCUUCUUUCAACACAGGACCCUCCUUCUCUCCUCCUCCUCUCUCCUUUCUUCCAGUCAGCAGGGAGGAGACCGUCCUCUAUUGGCCCAGUCAGCAGGGAGGAGACUGUCCUCUAUUGGCCCAGUCAGCAGGGAGGAGACUGUCCUCUAUUGGCCCAGUCAGCAGGGAGGAGACUGUCCUCUAUUGGAAUGCCUGAGGAUGAGGAGUGUAUCUGUGAUUGUUGGACAUGGAGCCUGAAGAUAUUGUGCAACUGGAAUUGUCCACUCUCCAGUCCAGCUGUCCUUCAGACCACGGCCCCCUGAUCCACAGCCUAACAAACAGACUGUCCUUCAGACCACGGCCCCCUGAUCCACAGCCUAACAAACAGACUGUCCUUCAGACCACGGCCCUCUGAUCCACAGCCUAACAAACAGACUGUCCUUCAGACCACGGCCCUCUGAUCUACAGCCUAACAAACAGACUGUCCUUCAGACCACGGCCCUCUGAUCCACAGCCUAACAAACAGACUGUCCUUCAGACCACAGCCCUCUGAUCCACAGCCUAACAAACAGACUGUCCUUCAGACCCACGGCCCUCUGAUCCACAGCCUAACAAACAGACUGUCCUUCAGACCACGGCCCUCUGAUCCACAGCUCUCCAGGCCUAACAAACAGACUGUCCUUCAGACCACGGCCCUCUGAUCCACAGCCUAACAAACAGACUGUCCUUCAGACCACGGCCCUCUGAUCCACAGCCUAUCAAACAGACUGUCCUUCAGACCACGGCCCUCUGAUCCACAGCCUAACAAACAGACUGUCCUUCAGACCACGGCCCUCUGAUCCACAGCCUAACAAACAGACUGUCCUUCAGACCACGGCCCUCUGAUCUACAGCCUAACAAACAGACUGUCCUUCAGACCACGGCCCUCUGAUCCACAGCCUAACAAACAGACUGUCCU